CGUAAAUAGACGGUAGGACAGCAGAGGGAGGAGAGAGAGGGGAGAGGGAGGGAGAGAGAUCCAGCUGGCGACCUGGGACACGUAGUCGUAAGCAGCAGGCAUCUGGAGUCUCUGUGAGUUAACAGACGGCCGACUCUCUGCUCCUUCGCUCCUCCAAUCCCCUCCAAUCCAAUACAGUCCAAUCCAAUAAAAUCAAAUCUGAAUUGGCCUUUUUUACUUUUAAUUGGGUAUUCGAAUCCCGGAAAUUGUUUGGAUUCCGGGGUUUCCGAUUCGGUGGAGCUCCAGCUCCGGCAUGCCUCUGUCUCUGAGCAUUCAGCUGAAAGAAAGCUUUCAGCUUGCCUGGUUGUUGGUGUAAGCUUCGAUAAUAUUCCGAUCGGUGUCCUUGUUUGGAGGUGAAGGAAGCUUUGGGUUUGGGGCUUCCCUUAUUCCCUUAUAUCAAACUUGGGAGGCAUUGAUUCAUUACCAGUUGGUAUCUGCUGCUGAGAAGUCGACAUGGUCAGUGGGCACUUGUUCCCUUGUAGAAAGAAUUCAUGGCCGCCUGAGGAGUAUAUCAGCAGAAACACUUUGCACCUGAUUUUUAUAUCUAGAGAAGGAGUGAAUAAAAAGUAUGCAUCAGUCUUGGCCCCGGGUCAUCAUGAAGGAUUAGGAAAAGCUGAUGAUCAGGGUAUAUCAUCAUGGGGCUGGAACCUGGGUGGCCAGCAUUCCACAUACCAUGCACUAUUUCCAAGGGCAUGGACCAUAUAUGAUGGUGAACCUGACCCAGAAGUGAAAAUUUCAUGCCGGCAAAUAUCACCAUUCAUCCCUCAUAAUUAUAGAGAAAGCAGUCUUCCUACAGCUGUUUUUGUUUACACGUUGGUGAACACUGGAAAAGAAAGAGCGAAAGUCAACCUUCUAUUUACAUGGGCGAAUUCAAUAGGAGGAAUCUCACACUUGUCGGGCAAUCAUGUGAAUGAACCAUUUAUUGGCGAAGAUGGAGUCUCUGGUGUACUUCUGCAUCACAAGACUGCAAAAGGGAACCCUCCUGUUACUUUUGCAAUAGCUGCAUGUGAAACUCAAAAUGUAAGCGUGAGUGUGUUGCCAUGUUUUGGGUUAUCUGAAGGAAGUGCCACUAUGGCCAAAGAAAUGUGGGAUAAAAUGGUGCAGGAUGGAGAAUUUCAUCGUGAUAAUUUCAAUUCUGGACCAUGCAUGUCUUCAUCACCUGGCGAAACAAUCUGUGCUGCAGUAGCAGCUUCUGCUUGGGUGGAACCUCAUGGGAAGUGCACUGUUGCAUUUGGCCUAUCAUGGUCAUCUCCAAAAGUAAAAUUUUUGAAGGGAAGCUCAUACCAUAGGAGGUACACAAAAUUCUAUGGGACCUCUGAAAGGGCAGCUCAGGACAUGGUGCAUGAUGCGCUGACAAAUUAUAAGCGAUGGGAAGAAGAUAUUGAAAGGUGGCAAAACCCUAUCCUCAGGGACGAAACAUUACCAGAAUGGUAAGAAUGGAAGCAUUAUACUGUGGUUGCUCUUUCUUAUGAAUCUGAAGUGAAGAGCAAUCACAGCGCAGUUGUUGAGCACACUGCAACUGGUUGCCAAAGGAGUGUAAAGUUGGACCCACAAAAUGCCAAUGAAGAGGUUGGGAGGUUCCUUUAUCUGGAAGGAGUGGAAUAUAUCAUGUGGAACACAUACGACGUACACUUCUAUGCAUCAUUUGCCCUUCUUGAGCUGUUUCCCAAAAUUGAACUUAAUAUUCAAAGGGACUUUGCAAAAGCUGUCUUAUCAGAAGAUGGAAGAAAAGUAAAGUUUCUGGCUGAGGGUAACUGGGGAAUUCGUAAGGUUAGAGGAGCUGUCCCUCAUGAUCUGGGAACACACGAUCCUUGGAACGAAAUGAAUGCAUAUAAUAUUCAUGAUACUAGUAAGUGGAAGGAUUUGAACCCGAAGUUUGUACUUCAAGUGUAUAGAGAUUUUUCUGCAUCGGGGGAUAUGUCAUUUGGAGUUGAUGUUUGGCCUGCUGUUCGUGCUGCAAUGGAGUACAUGGAACAAUUCGACCGGGACAAUGAUGGACUCAUUGAGAACGAUGGUUUCCCUGAUCAGACCUACGAUGCUUGGACAGUUCAUGGAGUAAGUGCUUAUUGUGGGUGCUUGUGGCUUGCUGCACUUCAAGCUGCAGCAGCAAUGGCCUUUCAACUAGGCGACAAGGAAUUUGCUGAAUGGUGCAAAACCAAAUUUUUAAAGGCAAAACCAUCUUUUGAGGAAAAAUUGUGGAACGGCUCUUAUUUUAGUUACGAUAGUGGGUCCAGUAGUAACAGUAAGUCCAUACAAGCAGAUCAACUGGCUGGGCAGUGGUAUACCGCAUCCUCUGGUUUACCCUCACUUUUUGAUGAUUUUAAAAUCGAAAGCUCUCUGCAGAAAAUCUAUGAUUUCAAUGUCAUGAAAGUUAAAGGAGGCAGAAUGGGUGCUGUAAACGGAAUGCAUCCCAGUGGGAAGGUGGAUGAGUCUUGCAUGCAGUCACGUGAAAUAUGGACUGGUGUCACAUAUGGGGUGGCUGCUACGAUGAUUCUUGCUGGAAAGGAGAAAGAGGCAUUCACUACUGCUGAAGGUAUUUUUAUUGCUGGCUGGUCUGAAGAGGGCUUUGGAUACUGGUUCCAGACGCCUGAAGGAUGGACGAUGGAUGGGCACUUCAGAUCUCUAAUAUAUAUGAGGCCACUAUCGAUUUGGGGGAUGCAAUUCGCCUUGAAUCUGCCCAAGGCAGUUCUCGAGGCUCCUCAGAUCAACAUAAUGGACAGAAUACAUUUAUCGUCUGUCAGCUCACAAUCCUCUCACAACGAAACAGGUGUGAGAAAGAUUGCAACCAAGGCAAAAUGCUUUGGGAAUUCAGUUUUUAACUGUGCAUGCUGAUAUUGUAAGAUGUAAAUUGAUCGUGUUGUAAAGAAGUGUAUAGUGAAAUCUUCGCUUCCCCAUACCCUCCCGAUGUGAGGUAAUAUAAGUUGGGAGAGGUUUCGGGGGGAAGUCUUGAAGAAAUAGCCAAAUAGGUA